UUAUUUUCCCAUUUGACCAUGAAUAUGUCUCCCUAUAAAUACCAGUCUUUCGGACAUUCCGAACUUCUAGGUUUGCACUUAUCCAGUUCCAUAAGGUAAGGCCAGUGAAGAUGGGUGGUAAAUCAGUCUUAUUAGCUUGUGUAUUACUUUGGGGCCUUCUAUUCUCCAUAGGAGCCCAUGCACAUAAUGACCGUUUAGUGAGAAUUGGGUUAAAGAAGAAGGGCUUCGAUCUUCAGACUCUCACUGCCAGGAAAAUUGUGGCAAAAGGAAAUCCUCCUAGGAAUGUUAGGAACUAUGAGAUCCUUAGGAAAUUGGGUGAUUCAGAUGUCGACAUUGUGUCUUUAAAAAACUAUUUGGAUGCGCAAUACUAUGGAGAGAUCGGCAUUGGCUCACCGUCCCAGACUUUCACUGUUGUAUUCGAUACCGGCAGUUCUAAUCUUUGGGUGCCCUCAUCAAAGUGCUAUUUCUCUCUCCCUUGCUAUUUCCACUCCAAGUACAAGGCUUCCAAGUCUAGCACUUACACAAAAAUUGGGAAUUCAUGUGAAAUCCACUACGGAACAGGAUCUAUUUCUGGAUUUCUGAGCCAAGAUAAUGUGGAAGUUGGAGACCUCGUUGUCAAAGAUCAGGCUUUCAUUGAGGCUACUCGAGAGCCGAGCUUGACAUUUCUCAUUUCAAAGUUUGACGGCAUAUUAGGACUUGGCUUUAAGGAAAUAGCUGUUGGGGAUGUUUCACCUGUUUGGUACAACAUGGUUGAUCAAGGUCUUGUAAGCGAGCCUGUUUUCUCGUUUUGGUUCAACCGCAAUGAAGAUGAUUCUGAGGGUGGGGAGAUUGUCUUCGGAGGUGUUGAUCCUAAUCACUUCAAGGGUGAGCAUACUUUUGUCCCAGUCACUCGGAAGGGCUACUGGCAGUUUGACAUGGGGGAUGUUCUCAUUGAUGGCCAAUCAACUGGUUUCUGUGCUGAUGGUUGUGCUGCCAUUGCUGAUUCUGGGACUUCUCUACUUACUGGCCCUACUACCAUUGUUGCAGAAAUCAACCAUGCAAUAGGUGCAGAAGGAAUUGUAAGCCAGCAAUGCAAAUUAGUGGUCUCUCAAUAUGGAGAAAUGAUACUGGAAUUGUUGUUAUCAGAGACACAACCUCAGAAAAUCUGCUCCCAGAUUGGUCUCUGUGUCUUUGAUGGGAACCGAGAUGUUAGUUCAGGCAUUGCAAGUGUGGUUGAUAAGGAAGAUGGGAGCAAGGCAUCUGUUGGUGAUAGUGCUAUGUGCACUGCUUGUGAGAUGGCCGUUGUUUGGAUUCAAAAUCAGAUUAAGAGGAAUGAGACAAAGACUCAAAUCUUGGAAUAUGCUAAUCAGCUCUGUGAACGACUACCGAGUCCCAUGGGAGAAUCCGCUGUUGACUGCAACAAUAUUUCUGGCAUGCCGAAUGUCUCCUUCAUCAUUGGAAAUAAGGCCUUCGAUCUUAGGCCAGAUCAGUAUGUUCUUAAAGUGGGAGAAGGUGUUACUGCCCAAUGCAUUAGUGGAUUUUCAGCAUUGGAUAUGCCGCCUCCUCGAGGUCCACUCUGGAUUCUUGGAGAUGUCUUCAUGGGGGCAUACCACACCGUGUUCGACUAUGGGAACCUACGAGUGGGAUUUGCAGAAGCAGCUUAGAAAGGUCCACUGGUUUCGUUCUUUCUUUUCCUGUUUGUAGUAACUAUCUUCCUACCAACAUAGUGGUCCUUAGCAAACCAGUCAUAUGGUGUGCAGUGGAUGGAAUUUUAUGUACAUGGUGUGUUUUGUGGCCUCUUUUUUAUUUUCCUUGUUUUAUGGAUCUAUCCAUGCAAGCUUCAAUGGUGAUCUGUAUAGCACCUUGUUAAAUAUAGAGGAAGCGAUGAUGGUCUUACAUGAGUUUGAAAACAUGAACCUUAAAUGUAUGUAUGCAUUUUAGUGUACUGAAGUACUUUAGCCUAU